AUGGAGACGGCACUGCUGAUUAAUGGAUCAUCAGCUGAUGAAGCUGGAGGAGACUACUUGCCGCCAAGGAGCUUCAAAGCCAUAAAGUCUGUGUUUUGGGAAGAGACUGUCAAAUUGUGGAAGAUUGCAGGUCCAAUAGCCUUCAAUAUAAUCUGUCAGUAUGGUACAAACUCUUUUACCAAUAUAUUUGUUGGCCAUCUUGGAAAUUUUGAGCUCUCUGCCGUUUCCAUUUCCCUUGCUGUCAUUGGCACAUUCUCUUUCGGCUUCAUGUUGGUCAUUGCUAUUGGUUCCCUUUCUAUCUGCAUGAAUUUCAAUGGAUGGGAAGCUAUGUUGUUCAUUGGAAUAAAUGCUGCUAUAAGCGUUCGUGUCUCCAACGAGCUCGGAUUAGGACAUCCAAGAGCAGCAAAAUACUCGGUCUAUGUGACUGGACUUUGGGGUGGCAUGAUUGCUGGAACUGCUUUGCAGACCUUGCUGCUUUUGAUUGUGCUGUACAAAACCAACUGGAUAAAAGAGGUUGAACAAACAACAGAACGUAUGAGGAAGUGGGGUGGGCAAGAUAUCUUCAUAGCUGAAUCUGAUGGUGUAUGA